GAUUUCCUAGGCAACUUGACGGCCGCAACGCAUAUGGAAACACUGAAGUCGUUUAAAAUUACCCAUAUCCUCACGCUGGAUUCGGUACCACUGCCGAAGCACAUUUUAGAGGCUGGCUUCCUUACAACAAAAUACAUUCAAAUUGCUGACAUGCCGCGCGAAGACAUAUUGCAGCAUCUAGAAGGCUGCGUGAACUUUAUUAGUUCAGCUCUGGAUCAGCAGGGCAUUGUGCUCGUUCAUUGCUAUUUUGGAGUAAGCCGUAGCACCUCGACGGUAAUUGCCUAUAUGAUGAAACGACACAAUCUGAACUUCCAACCCGCCCUCGAGCUGGUCAAGGCCAAGCGACGCUUUGUGCAACCGAAUUCAGGCUUUAUUAAUCAACUGAAGCUGUUUCAGCGCAUGGGAUGCAAAAUCGACCCCAACUACCAGCGCUACAAAAUGCAUCGACUGCGCCUUGCUGGGGAGCUAAUGCGAAAGGCAAAAAUUUUACCACAGAGUUUCCACAGUGUUGUGCGACCAGAUCCAGACAUAACGCGCGAAAAUCCAGAGCCAAUUGUUUUUCGUUGUCGUCGUUGCCGUCGCGUUCUGGCUUCCAAGUCGCAUGUCCUCGAGCACAAACCGCGGGACAGGCCCCCUCUGGAGGGAUCACCGUCGGCUGUCCGCAAUGAAGAUUCCAGCCGACAUACGCCAGCCCAGACCCAAUCGGAAAAUAAAAGCACACCCCGCAUGCUAGAACAGGUUGAUGAGCGAAUACGCCAAUUCUCACUGACCUCACCAGGUCACGAGAGCAAUCAUUGCCGCAGCAUUUUGUUUGUAGAGCCCAUUGCCUGGAUGCACCGCGUUAUGCUCAACACCCAAGGACGUCUGUACUGCCCCAAGUGUGAGCAAAAGUUGGGUAACUUUAGCUGGAUCAAUGCCUGCCAGUGUCCUUGCGGCGAGACAUUGUCGCCUGCAUUUUAUUUGAUUCCCUCCAAGGUGGAACUCUCCAAGGCCGUUCAGAAUGUUCAGACGACAGUUUAAAUGGAAUUUGCCCAUGAAAUAGAAUGAAAAGGCGAACCCAGAGAAAAUGUAGAAAUAUUUCUUAUUGCUUUCCACGCGGACAACAUUUUUGGAACAGUUCGCUUGAUGCACUGAAACCAAACUCCAUUUAUUUAAGCGCUACUCGAAGAUUAAAUAGGGUAUAUUGUAUAUUUGUGCUCGAAAAAUGGGGGUGUAUAACGCAUAGUAGGAAGAAAUUAUACAUAUAUAUUCUCUAUCAGCAGCAAUAGCCUAUAUCUGUCCGUCUGUCCCCCUUGUUUAACGCCUAGUUAUCAGAGACUAUUAGAGCUAGAGUCAUAAGAUUUUGGUUAAAGAUUAUGAUAUAUCACAAUGAAUCAAGUUUGUUUCAAUAUUUCGCCCCGCCCCUUUCACGCAACACAAAGAGCGUAUAUCUGCUGUAUCCACAAUUUUAAAGAUAAGAGACAACUAAAAAUGCAAUUCCAUAGGAAAUUACCGAAUAUCCAUCAGAUUACCGAAUUUUGAUAAGACUGGAUCAUUAUUACAGGCAGAAUGAAGAAAUUAAUUUGCAGUGGCUACCCCACCCCGUCCAGCAUCUUUUCUUAUGCUUGCUUGUUGCUUGUUGCUCAUUCUCUCUCGCUCGCACACUCUGCCUCAUGAAAUGUGGGUCACUGUGGGAGGGUGGUAAGCUAAAAGGGCGUGUGGGUGGGAGAAGGGUUGAAGAUGUAGAAAAAAUGUAAAAUAUAAAAUUUGAAAAAAACUAAGGUACAGAUAUACUGACUGAGUACCGGGUAUAAAAGCUGUGAAGCGUACGAAGGGUCUCACAGGUCCCUCCUCGUUUCUGGUUAGCUAAUGAAAUUACUGAAAACGGAGUUUUCGCAGAAUAUGAAAAAAAAACAUAUUUCCGUGGCCAAUAUUUAAAAUUACGCUAUUUCAUAAUGUAGCAUGUUAAAGAUGAAUCAGCCAAUACUGUAAAUUGGUGGGAAUGCAUGAAUGGAGUUGGCAUGUGGGGGAGUCCGAAACAGUCGGAUCUCAAGGUGUUGGCCACAAAUUUUGUCUCUUACUUGUAUGUGUACAUACGUAUGUACUUGCAUGCAUGCUUCCCUUAUUAAUGCUACGAAGGUGCUCUCGAGUCUAAAGUCUCUAGACAUUCGCAUAAGCCUAUAUAUUUACAUCUAUGUGCUUUGUGACCUGUUUUAUUAAAUCAAAAUGGAGUUAUUUGUCAUUAAAAUUUAAAAUGUGGUUUAUUUC